AUGGCGGCUCCCAACAUCCUCAACACCAUCUCGCGCUGGGCGAUCCCCGUCUUUGUUGGCAUUUCCGUCGGUCAAGCCGCUCUGUACGAUGUGAAAGGCGGCACCCGAGCUGUCAUCUUCGACCGUCUGUCUGGUGUGCAAGACAAGGUCACCAACGAGGGCACACACUUUCUCGUUCCCUGGCUGCAGAAAGCCAUCAUCUACGAUGUCCGCACGAAGCCCAGAAAUAUCAGCACCACCACGGGAAGCAAAGACUUGCAAAUGGUUAGCUUGACACUAAGAGUAUUGCACCGCCCGGAUGUGCAGUCUUUGCCAAAGAUCUACCAGAAUCUCGGCCUUGAUUACGACGAGCGUGUUCUUCCCUCCAUCGGCAACGAAGUUCUCAAGGCGAUCGUCGCGCAGUUCGAUGCUGCGGAGCUGAUCACCCAGCGUGAAGCUGUUUCCAACCGCAUUCGCGCCGAUUUGAUGAAGCGUGCCUCAGAAUUCAACAUCGCACUCGAGGAUGUCUCGAUCACACACAUGACCUUUGGCCGCGAAUUCACGAGGGCGGUCGAGCAGAAGCAAAUCGCACAGCAGGAUGCGGAGCGAGCCAGAUUUAUCGUUGAGAAAGCCGAGCAGGAACGACAAGCUAACGUCAUUCGUGCGGAGGGUGAGGCCGAGUCUGCGGACAUUAUUAGCAAGGCGGUUGCGAAGGCCGGCGAUGGACUGAUCCAGAUCAGAAGGAUUGAGGCAUCCAAGGACAUUGCAACGACGUUGGCCAACAACCCCAACGUCACGUACUUGCCGGGCGGCGAAGGCGGCGAGGGAAAGGGCAAGAGUACCAGCCUGCUUCUGGGUCUGCGGUCAUAG